UGAUCUGAAUUAAAUUAAGCAAUAUUUGAAAGAAACUUCAAUAAGUAAAUAAGUGGGGGUGAAAUGGUCAUGGCCGAAUUGCUCUCAGGCGCCAUCUAGGGAUGAAAGACUAACUUGACGUGCAAGUCUGUCCUCUUGGUCGCUCGCUAGUGUUGAAAGCGAGUCGUAUAUUCAGUAUCAAAAAUGCUGUUAUUUUAAACCGAGAGUCACUGCGAAGAUAGUCGGAGCUUGAACAAAAAACUCGCCUCAAAUGUCUACGUGUUAGCCGCUGUCGUUUCUACUACCUGGCUGCUGCUGUGGAGUUGUAGAACCAAGAUGGACAACGCCGAUGAAGCAGACAUCUGCCGGGUCUGUCGAUCAGAGGGCACGCAGGACAAACCACUGUACCACCCGUGUGUCUGCACUGGCAGCAUCAAGUUCAUCCAUCAGGAAUGCCUACUGCAGUGGCUGAAACACAGCAGGAAAGAAUACUGUGAAUUAUGCAAACACAGGUUUGCAUUUACCCCAAUCUACUCUCCAGACAUGCCGUCUCGCUUGCCUGUCCAAGAUAUCUUUUCAGGGCUGGUCACCAGUAUCGGCACAGCCAUCAGAUACUGGUUCCACUACACACUGGUGGCCUUUGCCUGGAUGGGCGUGGUGCCUCUCACAGCAUGUCGCAUCUACAAGUGUUUAUUUACUGGCUCUGUGAGCUCACUCCUUACCCUCCCGUUAGAUAUGCUUUCAACACAAAACCUGCUCGCUGACUGUCUCCAGGGUUGUUUUGUGGUCAUCUGCACGCUGUGCGCCUUCAUCAGCCUGGUGUGGCUCAGAGAGCAGAUUGUACAUGGUGGCGCCCCUCAGUGGUUGGAGCAGAAUCAACCUCCUUUGGUUCCCAACCAGCCGAAUGGCCCCGCACCAGCAAAUGAGGCAGCAGGUGGUAACGCCGCAGCCAACGCCCAGGCCGAGGGAAACGACGCUGCGGCCCAGCAUCCCGCAGAUCCAGCUGUAGACGGCCUGGUUCCUGCACACGAAGACGGCAACCAGGGAGACGAGGCCGAGCUGGAUGACGACGAAGAUGACGACAGGGAGGAAGACGAAGAGGAGGAGGACGAGGAAGGCAGGGAGGAGGACGCCGCUGAUGCAAAUAAUGGACAGGAAGAUUUGAACUGGAACGCUCUGGAGUGGGACCGCGCAGCAGAGGAGCUGACCUGGGAAAGGAUGCUGGGGCUGGAUGGCUCCCUCGUGUUCCUGGAGCACGUCUUCUGGGUGGUGUCUCUUAACACACUCUUCAUCCUGGUCUUUGCCUUUUGUCCAUAUCACAUCGGUCAUUUCUCCGUGGUUGGCCUGGGCUUUGAGGACUACAUCAAAGCGUCUCACUUCGAUGGCCUCGUCACCACCAUACUGGGAUACAUCCUCCUGGCUGGAGCUCUCAUGGUCUGCCAUUUAAUGGCUUCAUUAGUAAAGUUUCAGCGGUCCAAACGACUCCUGGGUGUCUGCUACAUUGUUGUCAAGGUGUCCCUGCUGGUUGUCAUGGAGAUAGGCUUGUUCCCACUGAUUUGUGGUUGGUGGCUCGACAUUUGCUCACUGGAAAUGUUUGAUGCCACGUUGAAAGACAGGGAGCAGAGUUUCGACUCCGCUCCUGGUACAACCAUGUUCCUCCACUGGCUGGUCGGCAUGGUCUACGUCUUCUACUUUGCCUCUUUCAUCCUCCUGCUCAGAGAGGUGCUCCGGCCCGGUGUGCUGUGGUUCCUGAGGAACCUGAACGACCCAGACUUCAACCCAGUGCAAGAGAUGAUCCACCUGCCCAUCUACAGACAUCUCCGCAGGUUUAUUCUCUCUGUGGUGGUGUUUGGUUCUAUAGUUUUGCUGAUGCUUUGGCUUCCCAUCAGAAUCAUUAAACUUCUCCUCCCGAUCUUCCUUCCCUACAACGUCAUGCUCUACAGUGACGCCCCGGUCAGCGAGCUGUCGCUGGAGCUGCUGCUGCUUCAGGUCGUUCUGCCGGCGCUUUUGGAGCAGGGUCACACUCGCCAGUGGCUCAAACGGCUCGUCCACGCCUGGACGUUCACAGCCGGAUACAUGCUUGACCUUCACUCAUACUUGCUCGGAGAACACGGCGACGACGACGACAACCUGAUGAACAACAAUCCGCCCGCUCGCCAUAACAACAACAACCGGUUCCCCGGCUUAGGGGAGGGGCUUCACGCGGCCCAUCAGGCUAUUCUGCAGCAGGGCGGUCCUGUGGGUUUCCAGCCAUACCACCGACCUAUCCACUUUCCUCUCAAGAUCGUCCUGCUGGUUGUGUUCAUGUGCGUGACGCUGUUACUGGCUAGUCUGCUUUGCCUUACGCUACCAGUGUGUGUGGGUCGCUGGCUGAUGUCUUUCUGGAUGGGCAGUGCUAUGGUUCAUGAGCUGUACACAGCAGCCAGCGGUCUGUACGUCUGCUGGCUGUUCAUACGAGCCGCCACAGUGAUACUGUCCUGGAUGCCACAAGGGCCGAAUGUCAUCAUGCUCAAAGUCCAGGAGUGGACACUCAUGAUUCUAAAGACGCUUGUGGUGGCUGUGCUGUUAGCUGGAGUGGUUCCUCUGCUUUUGGGUCUGCUGUUUGAGUUGGUCAUUGUGGCUCCUCUCAGAGUCCCACUGGAGCAGACACCUCUCUUCUAUCCCUGGCAGGACUGGGCGCUCGGCGUGCUCCACGCAAAAAUCAUAGCUGCCAUUACACUGAUGGGCCCACAGUGGUGGCUCAAGACUGUCAUUGAACAGGUUUAUGCUAAUGGAAUCCGAAACAUUGACCUUUACUUCAUCCUGAGAAGGCUGGCUGCUCCGGUUAUCUGUGUUCUGCUGCUGUCUCUCUGUGUGCCCUACACCAUCUCUAAAGGCAUCACACCACUGCUGGGCGUGCAGCCAGAGAUGCAGACACUGGUGGAGAGGAGGAUCUAUCCGUUCCUGCUGAUGGUCGUCACACUGUUGGCCAUUCUCUCCUUUCAGAUACGACAGUUCAAACGCUUAUAUGAACACAUCAAAAACGACAAAUACUUAGUUGGACAGAGACUUGUGAAUUAUGAACGAAAGACGGGCAGGAGCUCGACGACGUCUUCCUUCAGCUCCUCCUCGUAAACUGGAUGUUGACUCACUCUGCAGUGAAACCUUUUAUUAUUUUUAGUUUCCUCUCUUAACUUCACUGUCGACUCCAAAAUCCAGAGUUUUUCGGUUCACCGUCAGGGUUUGGAGACAAAGAUCUUAACAAGUCUCAACUUAAUGUCUGAACAAGUUUUGUCAGCAGAACCACACCCUCAUCGUCGACCUGGUUAACGUGUCACUGCGACAUUUUAAUGUGUGCAGGUGUGAGAUAAAGUCAGGUCAGUUAAGCAUAGCUUAUUCUUUUUUUUUUUUUUUUUUUUUACCUCAGAUUGUGCUUCCCUUUGAAUGUUUUGUUGUGAAAUAAUGUUUAGGUCACACUGUGAGCGUGCGAUUGUCUCUGCGGGAGACAUUUUCCUAUAAGUGGGGUCGGAAACAGUUGCAGCUUUGUCUCAAAAUGGCUCCCUUCAUCACAGUGAAGUUUUACGGUCAGAAGAGUUGCUAUGAUGUGAUUUUAUUUUGUUUUUAUUAGAUGUGUUUUUAGUGAUACAUUUCAGACAGUCUGGACGCAGCUCAGGACAUUUUUUUUUUUGUUUUGUUUUUUUCAAAUAAUUGUUUGUUUAUGUUUUAAUGUAAAACGCAAUCUUCCUGAGGUUUUAGUUGGUGACGGACACUAAGAACGAGAGUCAACAUCACACUCUGCAUUGGGCUGAUACUGCUCACUGUUAAAGAAAAAUGUAAACACUAAUGUGAUCUAAAAUCCCUUAAUUUCACAUAAAUGCUGUUAAAAUGGAACAGAAUAUUUUUGUUACACUGUUGGAACGAUGCGUUGGCAACACUUUGGUACUUUUAUUAAUUAAGAUGUAAAAAAAAAUUUAAAUACUGUGUUGGACUGGAAUUGCCAAAACAAUCACAUAUCAGUCAGAUUUGUGCUGUUUAUUCCGUCAAAAACAGAGUGGUUAGCAACUGUAGAUUUUAUUUCAAAAUGGAUGUAACUGGUUUGAAAAGAGAAUGACAGAGCAGUUAGCCACGAGGGGGCGACUUCACUGGUUCUACUUCUAACUUUAAAUAUGUAACGUAAUAUCGCCAGUAAACAAUUUCCUGAGGAGUUAAUUGCCUUGAUCAUGGUCAAAUCGCAAAUUUUGAGGCUUCAGAACUUUUACUCGUGGAAGACGACUUACAUUUUUUAUAUACAGUCGAUGUUACAUGUUAUUUCUAUGAGGAGUGAGGUAACAUUUGUGCCUCAGAUUGCCGUUAAAUCACUUCCUUUUGUUGAUUUUAUUCCUUCUGCUGAACCAUCUAGGAUUAAUUUUUAUCAGGAAAAGAAAAUCUGUCCUCUUUUUGAUAUAAUUAUAACCUACAUACAUAGGAUUGUGCUGUUGUAGCCUCCACUUUCCCCACAUACAGCUGCUAAACAUAAACAUAAUCAUAUUUAUGUUUUUGUUUAUUUUCAUGUAUUCAGAUUCAGUGUAGACACAAAAACUGUGAUAGGCGUCAGUUUUAUGUCGUGUUGCUGGCAGAAUGUCAAAAAUCGUUAUCAACCGAUCUUUUUUUCCUGUCUCGUCUUAUUUUUGCUGGGAAAAAUAAACUCUGCAUUACAUGUGAACUCAUUUUUAAGAAAAAGGUAUGAGUGUAACUAACAUUUGUUUCUUAUUAAAUGUUACUCACUGCAGCUUUAAUAACAUUUAACAUAAGAUUAGGCUCAUCUUACCACCAACCCCCGAACGUCACGUUGCUAUCGUAGCUGAAAAAUAUAAAGUAACUGGAAAAAGUCCCUGCCAUUUUGUUUUAUAUUAUUGUGGGGAGAUUUUUUUUAUUUUUUUUUUAAAUAAUUUAAUGUGUUGCACUUUAUCACUGAGUUUUUGAAAUCAUUUCAGAAUCCGCUGUUUACUCAGUCAACAUAGCAGGGCUUGUGUGUGUUUUUAAUUUCCUCCUUCACUGAGACGUGUCCGUAUUUCACUGACAGAGUGACUCGGCACAAAAAAAAUCAUGCAUUUCACUUCAGAAUCUUGCCGUUUCAACGCGAGUGAACACUUCAAUACUUGUUUUUUUUUCUAUCAAUAGGGAUUGUGAGUGACUUAAACUUUAGUGCUGCCGGCCAUAGUGUUGCUGUGUGGAACACGCUCACAUUAUUCAUAUAUAUGUAUGAAUGUGUACAUAUAUGAAUAUAUGUAUAUGAUGCUAUGAAGUGACCUUUUUUUUUAGUAUCUUGUUUUAAAACCGAGCUGGACAUUUCUUCCAAUUAUGGUCUUGAAUUUCAAUUUGUAGAAGCAAAUCUUUUCUAUUUUUAUAUGUGCAAAAAAAGAAAAGACAUUGUUUGGCAUGUACUGUAAGAUAAAGGUAAAUACUUUCAAGUCGACUAAUUGUUGCUUCAGUUCAUAUGAAAAAAAAUAAAUCAUUGUAUUUGA